AUGGCCGCCAGGGACAGAGCGAGGACUAGGGAACACUGCCCGGCGGACGGCGGCCUGAUGGCCCAGCUCAGAGCAAGAGCCGCCCUCAGAGUCAAACCCCACCACCCGCCACUGCCCGUAUCCGUCUUCCUGUGGGAAUCCCCCCCGCUGGGUGCACGCUACAAGAUCACCUUCCUCGUCCGGCUCGAAGCGGAUGGCCAGGAGGCAGUCGGCUUCCGCUUCGAUGACACCGUCUCCGAAUCCCCUCGGCAGAUUGCCUGGGGCGGCAUGGUCGGCACGCCACAGUCGCCGCGUUGUUUCCUCGACGGCUCGCAAACCUUCCUCACUGAUUCAGCUUCCAAGCCGAUCGAAAGGUGCAGGAGUGGAUGGCACGUCCGGAUCGGCAAAGUCUCCCAAAUCGUCAGCCUAUUCGAAAACACUCCGGAUUCCUUGCUCAUCAAGCUGUCCCUCCGAAAAAUCCACGCCGGCACUCAUAUCACCCAUCUGCUCUCCCAGCCUCAGCCCCCAGUCUCCCUACAAGCUGAGAAACCUCAUCAAAGCGAUCUUCGAUCUUCUAGAAACACUCCAUCUAGUUCCCCAACCAAAACUCACCAGAAGCACUGGGGAUCAGCCUCCAAACUGCAACUGCUCCCCCAUCCGAAUCCACACAUCCUUCCCGUCAAAUCACCCAUCACCCCGCCACUACUCCUCCAUUCGAGCUGCAAGGACUACACCACCCAGGAAGCUCCAAGACGCUUUCAAUCUUCGCCAUCACCCUCUAAUAUCUCCCCGCAUCCCACAAACCAAAUCGCCCAUCGUCCAUCACAUCAUCACAUCUCAGCAGCAGCCGCAGCAUCAACCCCGCUCAAACCCACCUGGACCACCAACCUCCCGAGAUCUGUGCAGCCUUCACCAAAAUCUAGCGUCUCGGCGCGUCCAAAAACGCCAAAUGUGCCAUCUUAUAAUGUGCCAGCUGUUCAGACCUCCCCGAAAGUCCUCUCGGCAUCUUCAGCCACCUAUAAAACCCCACCGCGAGCUCCAACAUCGAGUGACCGCGACGGGCGUUUUCUGGAAGCUUCUCUCUCAGCUUCACUCCCAGGCUCGUCCGAGCGGCACCAGAAACCCGAUCCUGACGACAUCUCAAAUCUCGCUCCAGAAAUAUCCCCUUCCACCAAGCUGAAUACCCCCAUGGCCAAGAUCACACCUCCUUCACCCAACCCCCCCGCCGCUACUCAAGUGGAUCUGUCACAAAGCAAACCUAGUCUGUCUGCACUAUCCACUCCGACUGCUCUCGAAACUGCACUCUCCACGGGUUCACAUACAUUCUUCGUCCCAAACGCCCAACAAGAGACCCCCCCGGAAAUGGUCUGUUUUCUAUUUCCCCCGAAUGCCAAUCGAGCGAGCGAGCGAAGGCUAUACGUUCCCCACUCCGCCUUGAUCAAGGUAGAGUAUUUCAAGCAGGCGCUUGAAUCUCCGAAUCCAACCUUAUCCAUCGAUACAAGCCGGUCAAAACUCUCGCCACCAUUUCAAAUCGUGAAACACGGCCUACUCGCAUUCUUGCGUUUCAUUCCUGGGCUAGCAUUCCAGCUCCACCGCCGUUUGGCUCCAUCCCCCACGGCCGAGGUUCCCGCGACGGAUGUCCAAAAUAAUAACCGCGUGCUCUCCAUUUCCCUUGACGCAAUGUCAAGGAUUGGUCUCGGCUUGGUCACACUGGCCUAUAGCUCCUGUUUAGACGCCAUGAAACUGCUCUUCGACGAGUCGUGUAAGGUCAUGGACGCGCUGAUCCCUCAGCCGCAAGUUGAUGCUACUCGAGCUGGCGGCACUACCACUGCUAUGAAGAUCCUCUUCACCAUUCGAGUCGGGUUAGGGGAAAUCUGUCACGCUGCAUUGACCAUCCAAAAAUAUCUGACCGAGCUUGGAUGCGUGUUUGGAGACGACUCUGACGAUGAACUUGAGUCUGAAAACGUCGCAGAUGAUGUCCAGGCUCCAUCAAUUCAGCCAAAAGUCACAUUUACAAUCAAUCAUAUUGCGUACCCCACACUUUGCGGUGUAGCUGAUUAUCUACAGUAUGGAGCAAUCAAGUUUGCGCCCCUCCACUCAAACUUCGUAGUUCGAAAAGCGUCAGCAUGCACUUUAUCACAAGAUGAUUCCAGGACUGUCCCACUCGGGCAAGAGUUCUCCUCACAACGUCGGGCGUAUAUUCACUCCCACUCGCGGUGCAUUGCCCUGCAUGGAUUUUCAAAUCCACAAGUGAGGCUGACUCCGUGUAACCCUGCAAGUAUCUACGCUCUUGCCAGUCGACUGAGGUUGGAAGAGCUGAAAAGUCUUGCAAAUCGACAGAUUAUGCACGAAUUGUCGCCAAUAAACAUUUUCAGAAUGCUCAAAACUGCUUCAUCGCACAAUCACAAACAGUUGUACUAG